AUGUCGGAAGAUGUUGUUAUAUUCCACAAAGAUGACUUGCCUGUAUGUGCAUUCCCAGUAUUUGAAGAUAUCAGACGACAAGGGAAGCUAUGCGAUGUCACACUCAAGGUGGAGGAUAGGAAGUUUACAGCUCACCGUAUAGUGCUGGCAGCCACCAUUCCAUACUUCCAUGCUAUGUUUACACACGACAUGGUAGAGUCAAAACAGGAUGAAAUCUCCAUGCAGGGUAUAGACCCCAAUGCAUUGGAGUCACUGGUGAACUAUGCCUACAAUGGAAAAGUAGAGAUAGAUUCACACAAUGUCCAGUCUCUUUUGGUGGCGGCCAGCUUCCUACAUUUACAGGCAGUAAAAGAGGGCUGCUGCAACUUCCUCCAAAGAAGGUUACAUCCGGACAAUGUUCUGGGUAUCCGCUCCUUUGCUGACCAGUACAUGUGUCCAGGACUGGUGGCGGAAGCUGACAAACACAUCCAAAAAAAUUUCAAGGAUGUAGCCCACACUGAGGAGUUCCUCAACUUAAGCAAGACAGAAAUCAUUGACAUCAUUAGCAGGGAUGAGCUCCAUGUACAGUCAGAGGAGGAGGUGUUUGAGUCUGUGAUAUCUUGGGUAAAGAAGGAGGAUGACAUUGACCGUAAGCUGAUCCUGCCAGAGCUGAUGAUAAAUGUAAGGUUACCUCUCCUCACCCCACAGUACCUGUCUGACCGAGUGGCCUCAGAGGAUCUCAUCAAAAACUGUCUGCUGUGCAGGGAUCUUGUUGAUGAGGCAAAGGACUACCAUUUGAUGCCAGAGCGUCGCUAUCUCCUCCAGACAUUCAAGGCUCGGCCGCGAUGUUGUUCAGACAUUCCUGGAAUUAUAUAUGCAGUUGGUGGCCUAACAUCUUCUGGUGAUUCACUUAGUACAGUGGAGAACUAUGACCCUAUAGUCAACAGGUGGGCUGUAGCCGAAGCUAUGAGUACGAUACGUAGCAGAGUGGGUGUCGCCAUCUUGAACGGCUGUCUAUAUGCCAUAGGAGGGUACGAUGGAUCUGAACGCCUAAGCACUGUUGAGGUUUUUCACAGGGAUAGUAAAACCUGGAAAUGUGUGGCCAGCAUGAAUUGUAAGAGGAGUGCUCUGGGAGCAGUAUCCCUGAAUGGCCACCUGUACGUGUGUGGUGGUUACGAUGGUCUGUCCUCUCUCCGCUCUGUAGAAAAGUAUGAUACUGAGCGAGACCAAUGGAAACCCCUCUGUAACAUGCUAAAGCCUCGUAGUGCAUCAGGUGUGGCAUGUUUGGAUGGCCUUAUCUAUGCAUGUGGAGGUCAUGAUGGUCUCUCUAUUUUUGAUUCAGUGGAAUGUUACAAUGCAUCAACCAACCAUUGGGCGUAUGUCACUCCUAUGCUGACCAAGAGGUGUCGUCUCGGUGUGGCAGUCUUGAAUGGGAAGCUGUAUGCUGCAGGAGGAUAUGAUGGGUCUGUGUUUCUCAAUACAGUUGAGUGUUAUGACCCGCUCACAGAUAAAUGGACAGAGAUCAAAUCCAUGCAAGUGAGACGUAGUCGUGUUGCCCUGGUCACAGUUUAUGGGAAGUUGUAUGCCAUUGGUGGCUAUGACGGGAUCAGUAAUUUGACUUCAGUUGAAAUGUACAAUCCAGAAUCUGACUCUUGGGUAUUUGUGGCUCCGAUGAUGGCCCACGAGGGUGGAGUUGGUGUGGGUGUCAUACCCAUAGAAAGAUGUAGUGGAGUUUGAUGGACAUGGACCAAUAACAAGAUUUGUGUAGCUGCAAUGGGGAUGUGUCUAGCUCAUAAAUGUAGGUUUCUUACCAAUGAAACAAACUAGAGUAGCUAAGCCUAACGGACAUUAACCCAUGACCAGGGAUGUUUGUGGUUGCUAUGGGUGUGUAGGUGGUUAAUGUCUUAUUCAUAAAUGUAGGUUUCUUACCAAUGAAACAAACUAGAGUAGCUAAGCCUAACGGACUAACCCAUGACCAGGGAUGUUUGUGGUUGCUAUGGGUGUGUAUGCUUGUAAAUGAAAGUCUUUUACUAAUGAAACAAACUAGAGUAACAGAAGUAUAAUGGAUUGUUAUGUUCAAAGUAUCUGAGAACUAGUGAAGAUGGGGGAAACAUGUAUGUUGUUCAUUGGUUUACCUUAUGUGGUCUUGGUUUAUAUUGACAACAAGAACAGGGUAUCCUAUGUUAUCAAUGAUUGUGUUAUAGGUAUAUAUAGAAAGUCAGUACAAGAACCCUGUGUUAUCAAUGAUUAUGUCAUCGGUUUAUGUAGCUAGCUGGUACGAGAACCCUGUGUUAUCAAUGAUUGUGUCAUCGGUUUGUGUAGCCAGCCGGUACAAGAACCCUGUGUUAUCAAUGAUUGUGUCAUCGGUUUAUGUAUACAGCCAGUACAACAACCCUGUGUUAUCAAUGAAUAUGCCAAGGUUUGUGUAGCCAGCCGGUACAAGAACCCUGUGUUAUCAAUGAUUGUGUCAUCGGUUUAUGUAGCCAGCUAGUACAAGAACCCUGUGUUAUCAAUGAUUGUGUCAUUGGUUUAUGUAGCCAGCUAGUACAAGAACCCUGUGUUAUCAAUGAUUGUGUCAUCGGUUUAUGUAGCCAGCUAGUACAAGAACCCUGUGUUAUCAAUGAUUGUGUCAUUGGUUUAUGUAUACAGCCAGUACAACAACCCUGUGUUAUCAAUGAAUAUGCCAAGGUUUGUGUAGCCAGCCGGUACAAGAACCCUGUGUUAUCAAUGAAUAUGCCAAGGUUUGUGUAGCCAGCCAGUACAAGGACCCUGUGUUAUCAAUGAUUAUGUCAUAGGUUUAUGUAUACAGCCUUUACAAGGACCCUGUGUUAUCAAUGAUUAUGUCAUUGGUUUAUGUAGCCAGCCAGUACAAGAACCCUGUGUUAUCAAUGAUUAUGUCAUAGGUUUAUGUUGCUAGCCGGUACAAGAACCCUGUGUUAUCAAUGAAUAUGCCAAGGUUUAUGUAGCCAGCCAGUACAAGAACCCUGUGUUAUCAAUGAUUAUGUCAUAGGUUUAUGUUGCUAGCCGGUACAAGAACCCUGUGUUAUCAAUGAAUAUGCCAAGGUUUAUGUAGCCAGCCAGUACAAGAACCCUGUGUUAUCAAUGAUUAUGUCAUAGGUUUAUGUUGCUAGCCGGUACAAGAACCCUGUGUUAUCAAUGAUUAUGUCAUAGGUUUAUGUAGCCAGCCAGUACAACUACCCUGUAUUAUCAAUGGUUAUGUCAUAGGUUUAUGUAGCUAGCCAGUACAAGGACCCUGUGUUAUCAAUGAUUCUGUCAAUGGUUUAUGUAGCCAGCUAGUACAAGAACCCUGUGUUAUCAAUGAAUAUGCCAAGGUUUAUGUAGCCAGCCAGUACAAGAACCCUGUGUUAUCAAUGAUUCUGUCAAUGGUUUAUGUAGCCAGCUAGUACAAGAACCCUGUGUUAUCAAUGAUUAUUUCAUCGGUUUAUGUAGCUAGUCAGAACAACAUACCUGUGUUAUCAAUGAAUAUGCCAAGGUUUAUGUAGCCAGCCAGUACAAGAACCCUGUGUUAUCAAUGAUUAUGUCAUCGGUUUAUGUAGCUAGUCAGAACAACAUCCCUGUGUUAUCAAUGAAUAUGCCAAGGUUUAUGUAGCCAGCCAGUACAAGAACCCUGUGUUAUCAAUGAUUAUGUCAUAGGUUUAUGUUGCUAGCCGGUACAAGAACCCAGUGUUAUCAAUGAUUGUGUCAUCGGUUUAUGUAGCCAGCCAGUAAAAGAACCCUGCGUUAUCAAUGAUUAUGUCAUAGGUUUAUGUAGCCAGCCAGUACAACUAUCCUGUAUUAUCAAUGGUUAUGUCAUAGGUUUAUGUAGCUAGCCAGUACAAGAACCCUGUGUUAUCAAUGACUAUGUCAUAGGUUUAUGUAGCAAGCCAGUACAACAUCCCUGUGUUAUCAAUGAUUGUGUUGUAGGUUUAUGUAGCUAGCCAGUACAAAAGCCCUGUGUUAUCAAUGACUAUGUCAUCGGUUUAUGUAGAAAGCCCGAACAAGAACCCAUCUAUUUUAUGAUGUUAUAGCAUUACUGACAAUAUUUGAAAUUUUCUAAAAAAAAAAUGCCAACAUACCUAUACAAAAUAUUACCUUUGUUUUACUAUUAUUGGUUAUAGUGUAUGUUGUAUUAUCUUGUACCUGUAGUCAUUGAUCACCAUAGUAACACUAAUUGUAAGGUCAUGCUUAAAUUCUUGUGGUUUAAAGACAAAUUAGGAUUAAAACACUUAGAACCCAGUGUUGAGCUGCAGGCUCUAGAGUUUUUCAGUGAUGGUUCUGGCUAUCUUUGUUAUGAGCCUGUAUAUAUGUAUAAAACCCAAGUAAGUGUGCCUAAAGUUAAACUUUAGCACCGUGCACUCCAAGUCCUUUGUAAAAGAUAUUGUCAAUCAUAGUUCCAUCGAUGGAUAUCUAUUACCACAUCUUUGUUGCUUUACAUUAUUUGAAAAUAUGAUGCAGGUUUUUCUGUGUUUUUAUCGAAUGUACAGGUAUGAAAGCCAAUAAAUUGUAUCUGUAAUGGAUUGUGUAAUAAUGCAUACAUAACCAGCUAUACAGAAGGUUUUUAAUCUUUUUAUAUUCAGAUUGAUUUCAUCAUUAUCUUUUGAUUCAUGUUGGUGGUCUGACUUAGGGGUUCACAAGAAAAAGAGGAAGAGAGUUUUUAUCUGUUGUUAAGCACAGGAAAUAUAACCCUACAAUUGAUUAACUUAUCGAAUAAAUCAGAAAUUGAGAAUAGAAAACUGCUGAUUGUGAACAACUCAAAAGAGGAUAUUAAGAUUGGUGCCAUGUCUGCAUGGUGUUACAUAUAUGAAAUUUUUCAUGUGUUUAUCAAAAAGUAAAAAGUUUUUGUGCAUCAUAUAUCUUGAAUAGAAUAAUUGAUUUGAAGUCAGAAGAACAUUUAAUUAAAAUGUAAAGCAACUUUAUAGAUACAGUAAUGGAAAAAUAGGCCCCCAUUUGACAGCAUAAUUUAAAACAUGUAUGUGAAAUGUGAUUUCUUAUUGUGAUACAUGGUAAAUAUAAGACACACCCUUUAUUAUGUGCAAUAAACAUGUACAUUUGAUUAAGUAACACAUUUCCUGUAUACUUGUGUGAAAGUGUAGUCAAGUAAGGUAGCAAUUGAUGACAAGAUGUUACUACUGCUGCUAGUCAUAAUACAUUAAUAAGAUGAAAGAAUGAUCUUCAUUUCAAACGGUAGUUUAAUUACAGUCUAAUAAGUGCAAUCCCAUACUUUACAUGGAAAUAAAAUCUUAUACAUACUAAGUACUAUUGAAUCCAUAAUUGAAGUCCCAUGGUGUAUAUUUGUCUCUGUUUAACAGGUAUUCAGUAUAUAAACUAAUACUGUAGCAGAGUUGUGUAGUUAUACAACGCUAAGUAAGAUUACUUUAUUGACAAAUGUGAUACUGUUCCUUAGUGUAGUCCUUUAGUUAUGAGGAGGAUUAAACCUUCAGUGUAGGAAACUUUGUUAUGUAGUCACCUGAUUAUUUCAAGAAACUGCAAGGCAUUUAAGAUUCAAUUAGAUGCGAAUAAGUUGUGAGCAUUUAAAAUGUUAUGUAGUCACCUGAUUAUUUCAAGAAACUGCAAGGCAUUUAAGAUUCAAUUAGAUGCGAAUAAGUUGUGAGCAUUUAAAAUGUUAUGUAGUCACCUGAUUAUUUCAAGAAACUGCAAGGCAUUUAAGAUUCAAUUAGAUGCGAAUAAGUUGUGAGCAUUUAAAAUGUUAUGUAGUCACCUGAUUAUUUCAAGAAACUGCAAGGCAUUUAAGAUUCAAUUAGAUGCGAAUAAGUUGUGAGCAUUUAAAAUGUUAUGUAGUCACCUGAUUAUUUCAAGAAACUGCAAGGCAUUUAAGAUUCAAUUAGAUGCGAAUAAGUUGUGAGCAUUUAAAAUGUUAUGUAGUCACCUGAUUAUUUCAAGAAACUGCAAGGCAUUUAAGAUUCAAUUAGAUGCGAAUAAGUUGUGAGCAUUUAAAAUGUUAUGUAGUCACCUGAUUAUUUCAAGAAACUGCAAGGCAUUUAAGAUUCAAUUAGAUGUAAAUAAGUUGUGAGCAUUUAAAAUGUUUUAAAUCUUACAGUAUUGAAGUGUUUUUAUUGUGAUUGUUUCUUAUUUUAAAACUAGAUACUUGGUUUUUCUUUCAUUCAACAUUAAAGUCUCUUUACAAACAAGCCACUUAUUUACUGAAUUAUCAGGAAGUGAAACAUGUUAAGAACAUUUUUGUCCGUGUCUUUAUCUCAUCAUGUCUUGAUGUGGAGCCUAGCAACAUAUUACGAUAAAAUACUUUGAUAAAUUAUUCUUUUAAUUAUUUACAUUUAAAUAUUAUUUACAGUACCAUUACUAUAUUUUUGAAAGUAAACAAUUCUAGCAAUGUGUCUCUGACAAUGUCGUUAUGAAACUGUUUAAUGUAAAAGAAGAGUAAAGUCUGAAGUAUAAUAAAAAAAAAACAUACCUGGGUGGAUGAAAGUAUGCAAAGUGCCAGUUGUAAUAUCCUCAUUUUAUUGAUUUUUACUCAUUUCAGAUGAUUAUCAAAUCCAUUAUUGUAUAUAAAAAAGCAAUCUCUCCCUUUUAUUGUAUAUAAAAAAGCAAUCUCUCCAUGGAUAUAUGUGCUUCUGAAUGUGCCUCUGUAUAUUAGACAAUUCAUCACUAUGAGAUGUAAAAAUGCACUUGUUUGUAAAUCAGUGUGAUUCAAGCCAAAUGUCAGUUAAGCUAUCGUUUAUGUUUAGAAUCAGUUCACUGACCCAUGGUGUAAUGUAUUUGUUUUUUGUUUUGUUUCAUUUUUUUUUUGUCGUUGCUUUUUUAAAGAAAAUGAAAUGAAGGAAAACUGAUGACCUACAUGUAAAUGUGAUUUUUAUAUACAUAUACAUAUAGUAAUCUAUUGAACUUUUAUGAGAAACAUAUUAUGAAAGUCAGACCCAUGAAACCAAAUGCAUUAUUUUUUUUUCUUCUCUCUCUCCCCCCCCACCCCCUUUUUUUUUUUUUUUUCUUUUUGAUUGAAGAAUGCAUGUCUAGAGAAAACUAAUUAGUGGUAUGAAUAACUGGCUAAAAAUAUUUUGAAAUUAAGAAAAUUAGAUAUUUCAUUUCUGAAUGUCUGCAUAACUAUGUCUUUCAGUGUUUAACCCUGAAUAGCUAUAUAUUAAAUACAUGUAAACACAAAACAACAUGUGUAUCAAUAACUAAUUCACAUAAAACUAAUUAAUGUGUGAGAGGCACCUUUCAUGUUUAAUGAGAGAUUGUGUGUUUAUUUAUUUAUUUAUUUUUCACAAACUUUUAUAGAAGUAUCCAUGGUUGCCAUUUGUUCUUGCCUUUAUAGAAAAUCUACGCAAAUUCCAUUGACAGUAGAUCAGUGUAAAUAAGUGUGAUCAUUCUGUAAAGUAUUCUAUAUAUUAGUAUACAUGUUGUGAGUUGUUAUAUAAUGAACAAACACAUCCUUUAGCAAAACUUUUUUCAAAUUUCUUUUCUUGAUUAACUUAACCAUUGUGUUUACACCAAACUUUUGUGUCAUAAUUUACUAGUUCACAACAAAUCAAUUAGUUCCUAGAAAAUCAUACUGCUUUCAAAAUGAAACAAAUCAUUUACUGGUUCUUGUCCAGUAUCAUCCACAAAAACCCAAGAGUUUUGGUAUACUGUAUUGUAUAUGUUAUUGACAUGAUGUGUAUGUAGAUCAGAAAACAAUUAACGACACAAAUACUGAGCAUUUCUUUGUCUGAACGAACAGAAUAUUUAUUGUAACUUGAUGAACAGAUCUUAAGUAAUAAGCAUUUUCUUUACUCCCACUAUUUUACUAGGUUUCUUUUAUGCUAAUAUCUUUUCAACGUAUGACUUAAAUCAAUACAAAUGAUGUAAAUUUUUUGAAUAGCAUUCAGAUGUGUUUUCUUAAACAUGCAUUUUAAGAACUUUUAAGAUUUUCCAUGUAUAACAACAUUUUGAAAUUCCAAUUAAAAUAUGAAAAUCGGUAUUUGGCUUCAAUUAAGUAUAUGGAAUCCUUGGUGAAGUAAAACUGAAAUGCAAGUUUACUGAAAAGUUUUAACAAUAAUCGACAACAUUGUUUUCCAAAAGGAAUAAAUACAAGGGCGUAUUGGGUGACUUUACCAUGUCUCCCAUCACAUUUAUAUUUAUAAUUAUCAGUCUGUAUUCUUCAUUUUAAUGAUGAUGUGACAAUGGAAGCAUGUGAGAUCAUAAUGAUUUGUUUUAACUACAUGCAGUAUGCUUUGAUAAGCACUAGGUCGAUUGACUUGCACGUUCUGAAAAAUAUACAGAUUAUUUUAUGAACAAAUGAUUUGAAAUAAAUUUUUGUUUUUUA